AUGAACAACAUCGAACGAAUAGAAACAUCGGCAGACAUCAAACUGUGGUUCGAUAAACCAGAACGUGGGUUAGGAGUUGCCAUGCAUGUCAGGCACAAUGCAAGAGACAUGGAGGCUACGAGUCCUACAAUGUACCUCAAAAAUAACCUAGCCGGGUCACUGAUGUUGGACGCUGACGCCCUCCGUUCCGAGAUGCGCUAUGUAUCGUUCAACCCGAAGCACCUGGUGGCAUCUCUGAAGACUGGACCCGAGAAGCGGAACGGGUUGGACCCUAUUACCGGCAUGCUUUCCUCACAUUAUCUGCAACGGGGGCAUCGUUUGCAGUCAAGAUUGCUUCUUCCCUGGGCCGACCCUAAGGUAUCCAACCAAAGUAUGCCGCCUCUCCUACCACGAAAAGUCGGGCGAGAUGCGUCAUAUGUUGCUUUGAAGACCUCAGCCUCAGGUUCCAGGGCCUGCCGCAAAAAGCACGCUUCGUAUUCGUGGGUGGACGAGGAGUUGGCGAGGGCCAGUUACUUGAAAACUUGUGGCUAAUUAGAUACCGAAGGGUACCUGUUUCUCAACUAAAUAUGUCAAAAUAGAAGACCGACUGGUGUCGUGGCUGCCACUGGAGAAUCCAUGGCCAACCUCCUAAGUG